AUGGAACUGGAUACUGCAACGAAUGGGAACUUCAUUUCAAAGCAGACAUGGAAGGAUUUGGGAAGUCCAAAUCUUCAGAAGCCUGAUUUACACUAUGAAUCAGCUCGAACUGCUACUAAGGAGCUGGGCAUUUCUGUAGACCAAGCACUCAACGAUGUCGAAUCAUGCCAUGCAGUCUUUAGCAAUCUAAAGGCCGACAUCAAACUACAGGAGAAAUGCAAGAAAUUGUGCAAUGAAUUUAAAGAUUUAUGGAAACCGGAAUUAGGAUGCCUCAAGGACUAUGAACUCGAAGUAAAGUUUAAGCCCAAUGUCCAGUCUAUCUUCAGGAAAGCACGGCCAGUUCCAUUUGCCAUGGAAGCUGAUUUAGAAGAAGAAUACCAGAAGGGUAUAACAAAAGGAGUAUGGGAAGCCUCACAAUUUUGUCAAUUUGGGACUCCAGUGGUUCCUAUCAAGAAGGCUGUGCUCCCAGGACAAAAGAAACCCAAGAUCAGAGUCUGUGGGGAUUAUUCUGUCACAGUCAACCAUCAACUGGAGGAUCAUCGUCAUCCGCUUCCUCUCCCCGAGGAUCUUAUGAGAAGAUUAGGAGGAGGAUAUGGAUUCACCAAAAUUGACUUGGCAGAUGCAUAUAACCAAAUCAAGCUUGCACCGGAAAGUCAGCGAAGACUAGCACUUAGCACUCAUAAGGGAGUGCUUUUGCAGAAAAGACUUCCAUUUGGUAUCAAAUCUGCCCCCGGAUACUUUCAACAAAUCAUGGAUCAGCUCACCGUAGACUUUCCUGGUGUGGCUACCUAUCUGGAUGACAUCCUUGUAAGCGGGAUUGAUGCUGAGAACCACCUGAGCAAUCUUCGGCGUUUGCUCCAAAGACUGCAAGACAAAGGUCUCCGUUGUCGACAGGAAAAAUGUCACUUUGCCCAGCCAUAUGUUGAGUAUUUGGGACAUCUACUGUCACAACAAGGAAUCGCAAAAGGUCCUAAGAAUGUCCUGGUUCAUUUUGAAGAGAAGCACACCCUAGGUCUGGCAUGCGAUGCUUCAAACAGUGGAAUUGGAGCCGUAUUAUUUCAUCGUUUUCCAGAUGGAAGCGAGCGCCCAAUUGCCAACGUCUUCAAAACUCUCACAGAAAGUCAAAGGAACUAUAGCCAAAUCCAAAAAGAAGCACUGGCAAUUGUGUUUGGAUUGAAGAAGUUCUACCAGUACCUAUUUGGACGGAAGUUUGUACUGGUCACAGAUCAUCGACCACUGUUAGCCUUAUUUGGGCCAGGAAAAGAUGGUCCUCUAAUGGCUGCUAACCGACUGGCUCGUUGGGCUCUAAUGUUAAGCCAAUUCAACAACAAGAUUGAAUUCAGGAAGACUAAGGAUCACGCUAAUGCUGACGCUCUCAGUCGUCUAUCUCUGCAGGAAGAUUCACAAUUUGAUGAGGAGGAAAGUGUAGAUGACACAUUAAUGGUCUGCCAGAUACAGACAAUCGACGAGAAAGUCACUCCAGCAGAACAAGGUUCUCUUGCAAGAGAGUCAGCAAAGGAUCCAAGAAUCUCAAUGGUAAUGAGAUUCAUUCGAGAAGGCUGGCAACCAAAGAAGAACAAUGAAGGAACGGAAAUGCACAGAUUCCGACAGGUUGCUACUUUACUGUCCAUAUGUAAUGGUUGUUUAGUCCAUGGGUCGAGAGUGGUGAUUCCAGCAAGCAUGAGAAGAAACGUUCUGGGACUUCUUCACCUAGGACACUUUGGAAUGCAGCGAAUGAAGCAACUGGCUCGCACGGCUGUCUAUUGGCCAAACAUCGAUGAGGAUAUUGAGGCCACAUGCAGACACUGCAUACCUUGCGGUCAGCAUCAGAACAGACCAGCCAAACCUGCAAUUCACCCAUGGAUGCUUCCAGAGAAACCCUGGAGCAGAUUACACCUUGACCAUGCGAUCAACUUCAUGGGUACAAACUGGUUGCUGCUUACAGAUGCAUAUUCUAAGUACCCAUGCAUCCAUCCAACACAGUCCGUUUCAGCCAAAGCUACGGUUGACCUAUUGGAGCAGGACUUUGCGCAUUUCGGUUUCCCACACACCUUAGUAACAGAUAACGCUUCUGCAUUCAUGUCAGUCGAAUUCCAGACUUGGUGUAAAGAGCGAGGCAUUGUCCAUCUCACCGGAGCUCCAUACCAUCCUGCCACUAAUGGAGCAGCUGAACGACUGGUGCAAACUUUCAAGCAGGCACUCAAGAAGUCAAGUCUUCCUCCCAGAAAAGCCCGGCAAGAAUUCCUCAUGCAGCUUCGCAGAACUCCCAACUCCAGUGGGUAUUCUCUGAGUGAACUGCUGAAUUCACGUCAAAUUAGAACCAAGAUUGAUACUCUAUUACCAUCUCCAGCGCAUACAGCCCAGGGAAAACAAGCGAGAGAGGCUACCAAAUCCCAGCAGAAAGAGAUUAUCUCUAAAGUAGUAACAUCUUAUAAAGUCGAAGAUCCUGUCUACGCCCUCUACUUUGGUCCUAGAAGAGACAAAGAAGGUCGAUGGGUGCCAGCUGUAAUCAUCAAGCGCAAAGGCUCUCGAUCUUUCAAUGUUCGAGUACAGCCAAAAGGCCCUACUUGGAGACGACACCUUGAGAAGUUGCAGCCGCGUUAUGCUUCAGUAGAAGAUGAUGAUCCCGGAGUUCCUCCUUCGCCGUCUACAGAGAGAGCAACUCCACCUCUGACUAGCGCUGCUACUUCCGUUGAACUGCCAGGAUCUGCCACCGAAAGAAGGCCAGCUACACCAGAGUAG